CCGGUCUCUCACCACACUCAAAACACCACCUCAACGCUUCAUCUCACUUUUACACAACUCGAACCAUGUCUGGCCGUGGAAAGGGUGGCAAGGGUCUUGGAAAGGGCGGCGCGAAGCGUCACCGUAAGAUUCUCCGUGAUAACAUCCAGGGUAUUACGAAGCCUGCCAUUCGUCGUCUCGCACGUCGUGGUGGUGUGAAGCGUAUCUCCGGUCUCAUCUAUGAAGAGACCCGUGGUGUUCUCAAGAUCUUCCUUGAAAAUGUCAUUCGUGACUCUGUCACAUACACCGAGCACGCGAAGCGGAAAACAGUCACUGCGCUCGACGUUGUCUAUGCCUUGAAGCGAUCAGGGCGCACCUUGUAUGGCUUUGGUGCAUAGGAGUUUUGUCUGUAUUCGCGACGUAUCAUUGUAUCCUUACUGUAGUUGUAUUUAUCCUUAUGGCUAGGGUUUAUCUAUGAGUCUAUUCGGAUUCA